AUGGACAAGAAACGUAAGCAACCUUGCGAUGAUACAACCAAGUCAAUGAAUGCGAGCACUAGCUUUGUUAUUAAAUCAUCUUUUCAUUCUGUGCGCCCAGUCGGAGUCAAACCGAAACGUGUUAGGUUCGAGUCUGAUGUUCUAAAAUCUGACCUGGAAACGAAAUACCUGUGCUUCUUUCCCGAGGAAUUCUUCACUUUCUGGAAACAUGUUGAGAUGCUAGCGGGGAAAGACGGCGAUCCAUGUGGCAAGUUUUUGUAUCCAGAAGCACCUCUGGAAUCUUAUUCUGUUUAUGAAGAUUUAAAAUCUUUGCGACUUUGCGGAGUAUUCGAUUAUCUUGGUGGACAUUUCAAAGAUGAGAAUGUGGAUAAAUAUUUAUUGCACGACAGAUUUCCUACCGACUUGCCGGAAAUGCAGAUUUUGGCGGUUUACAAUAAUGGUCGAUUCGUUUAUUGGAGAGAUGAACCUAAUACUGAAAAACCGCUCAUUGUUCAUGUGAACAACGCUGAACAUUAUCCAAAGUGCCGUAUCAUUGGUGCUGUUGAUCCUUUCUACAUCGUUGCAUUUCUAGUUGGAAGAACUUUGCCAAUUAAAUAUCGAGAGCUUUUUACGAAAAAUUGGAUUGAACACUAUAAAACAUUCAUUGCUGAUGUGAGAAUGAUUGCUGACUCGCGCAAGAAGGAAUUUAUUGCUGUACCAUUUCACGGUAUCGGAUUAUACAUUGAGAUUGUUAACAAUGUUGGAUACAGACCAUUAAACAUAAAGAAAGCGAAACUUAAAGAACUGAUAGAUUUGGCGGCUACCGCAAGUGAUGAAGCCAUAAAGCGGAAAAAACUGGAGAGAAUAAUGACUAUCGUCAGCUCUGUUCAGUUUGCAAAUGACGAGAAGGAUUUUGGAAUGGGUUUAGAAUUUGGGCAUAAUAUUUUUUGGUCCAAUUACGUUUUCUUCGACAAGAUGGCGCUAAAAAUUUUGACAACAGCGUACAAGUUGAUGAAUCGUGAAGCAUUUGCUCACAUCCUAGAAGUACAUGUACCAUCUCGACGUAUUUGA